CACAUCCUAACCCUAAUGCUAUUUAUUUCCGUGUUCUGAUCAGCCUAACAUCAGUCCUACGUUCUCGGGCUGGCGAAAAUAUACAAACGUAUGAUGCAAACAGAGCCAGUCGACUGCUAUUUUGUUGUUUAUUUGUGUCAUCGUCAUUACAGUUUAGUAUUCAUUAAUCACAGUAAACAUUUCGACGGAGGAACUUGUGAGUGUGUCAUCAGUGACAUAUUCAAUGGCUGAAUCUUUAAUGGAUGUAGAUCUAGGAAUUUUGGCACAAGUACAAAAGAUAGAGAAAUCGGACGUUGAUUCCGGCGACUGCGAAGAUUCUUCAAGUGGAAGCGACAGAUCUUAUGAAGCGGAUGAUGCUGAUGGCAUCGGUCGAACAGACUCCGGUUCAGGUAGUGCUCCACUAAGUUCUACCCACCGGACAAAAAGAAAACGUCGCCAUGGUAGUCAUGGAAGUCGAAGACACAAAGGAGGUAGUAGGCACAAACAUAAGAGUUUCCAAUAUCAACCUUACCCUCCAGCUGAUGAGAUAAAACUUAAACGUAAAUCUCAAGAAUUGCAAGAAAAAGAGAAUGCUGCUGCAGUUGUUAGGCGAGAUGGAGUUAAUCAGCAAUACAUGACUUUUCCAGUUGCACCAUUUAACUCCACUCAGUUUCUAAUGGAUGAACAUAAUAUUUCUUCACCAUCUGGAAUAAUUAACAAAACUCCUAGCAGUUCUCUUUUGAAUCAGCGUUCUCCACAAAGUAUGAUGUUACACUCAGUGCCUUCUACUCCAGCUGAUGUUGGUAUUGAUUGUAUUAACUUGGAAAGAAAAGACAAAGAGUUUUCUGACAUAUACACAACUGUGCAUGCUGAAAGCUUGCAAAGUUUACCUAAAGAAGAGCUUGUAAAACAUUAUAUUAACCUAGAGGAAAAAGUAGCAUUAUUACAAAAAAAGGUAGCUCAAGCAGAGCAGUUAAAGCAAGAUGAUGUUACUAUCAGUGCAAUGUACAUUGAAAAGGACUGCGCUUAUGAUUCUGUGAGUUGUUCGGAUACAAACUCUUUGUCUAGCAGCAAUGAAGAAUUUGUGGAUUUAAAUGUUGAAAAUCAAACAUCCUUAAAAGAAUGUACUGUUAGUGCUGACAAUGCUUCCUGACCCAAUAGUAUUCAGGCUAAAAAUUCCAUUUAUUUUUUAGAAAGUCAACUAUAGUGUGAAUUGAAAUGAUACAUUUGAAGUGCAUAUCUUGUUUACAUCAGUAAAUUAUUUUAAAUCUCUUAUGUAGUAUUUUAAGAAACAUUGACACUUUCCUUUCCAUGGCCUUUAAAAAUUUAAAUACUCUGCAACUAACUUAACAUUUUAUAUUUAUAGAACUUGGUUAAACAAUGUAACUUGUGAAGCUUACUUUUUGUAUCUAUUUAUUAAAGAAUUAUUUUUUCAAUAAUGAUUUUGUCGUAGUAGAUUUGAGUAGAUCUAUUGAAUUUACGUUUGUGUCACUUAAUUAUAGUAGGCAAUUACUAUGUACACUUAAUAUACAGCAUAGUUUCUUUUAAGUUAGACAUGGCUAACUAGUCAACAGAAUAUUAAAUUACAUAAACUUGGUAGAUUUACUGUCGGAUUUUCAUUUUUACUUUUUUUCUUUUAAAAUUUUUUUUGCUUGUGCUUGUAUGAAUUAAAACAAUAUUUUAUUUAUAGCUACCAGUACGAAAUUGUUUGUUAUCUUUUGAAAAAGUUUUGGGAGUUUUUGUUUGUUAGAGAAAAUUCUGUGUAUUAAUAAUUUCUUUGUAAAUAGCUAUAUUUAUAUGUUCUGUUUAUGCAUACUGUAGUAAAAUUCUUCUGUUAGCCAGACUAAAAAGAAAAAAAAAAAUUUCUUCAAAUUUCAAUCUAAAAUUUUUCACUUCAAAUACCUUAAGAUUGCAUCUUAACAAAAUACAGAAAAAAAGUACUGGUACCUUAUAAACAAAAUAUUUUUUUUUAGAUCUGUUGUUAACUUAAAGGGACUUAGUCGGAUAAAAUUGAUACCAGAGUUUACAUUUUCAUGGGUUAUACACCUUUUUGUAUUAAAAAAAUAAUAAAUAAUUGAUUUAAUAAAAGGACCAGGGCUCCAAAGACUUAUUAGUUUAUAUUCUUCUUUAGAUGGAAGAAACUCUGCAACCAACAAACUUAUGUAUAUGCAGAAUUAAAACAAAAUGUCAACUAAAUAUUUAUUUAGCCUUUUUCAUCAUGAACCCUUGUGUUCACUUUAGCUUCUUUGUUUAGUUGUCAAAUGUUUUAUUAUUCAAUUGUGUACAAUGCAUUACUUUGCCUAUUAUACCAUUAAAAUUACAAUACUGCAAUGGAAUAAUUACCUGCUAAGUGUUCAUUAAGAAAAUUUUAAAGAUAAUAAAAUCUAUUGUCCUUAGUAUUGUAUAAAUUCUAAAAUUGUUUAACCAACCAGUGUUUAGGCACUGAUACAGGAAACCUUCCCCCCCUUUUUUUUUUUUUUUUGUUGUUGCCUACCUGGUAUUGAAAAGGGAAAGAAUUUGUGGAAUCUAUGUAGCAAACAUUGGUGCAGAAUAUUGACUUUGUCAUUAGGUAGUUUAAUGUGUUAAAUGGCUGGAUAAAAUGGAUAAAAAUUUAAAUAUUUAUCUUAGCUCUUAUUGGAGAAAUAUAACCUAAAAUCAUGCAUCCCUUAUAUUUUCAUUAGCUUUCAAUUUUAUUUACAUAAUAAGUAUACCAUAAUAAAUGUUAUAUUUUUAUUUAUAAACUAGAUGGCACAAUUUUUGUGAAAUAUUGCAACAGUCUUUCCUUUUUCAAGUUAUCAUGUUGAGUACACUUUUUACUCAAUGUGGAUAUUAAUAUUUACAUAUUUUUGUUAUGUGAAUUUUGUUUAAAGCCUGUUUUUUUGGGGCAAUGUAGUGUUUCUCAAUGUCCAUUGUAAAAUGUACGGUAUUUGUAUUAAUUCUGUGUAUGGUUGAAACUUUUUGCUAAAAAUAAGUUCAACUAUUGAAACAGCAUUUAAGGUUAUUAAAAUGUAAAGGUUCACAAGUUAUUAA